CUUGAGGUACACAAUUACUCAGCUUUCAACAGGAAUAAAUGGAUAACACCUCUUCAUCUCAACUCAUCUUGCCCAUUCUCUUUUGGGUGAUGUGGGUUGGCUCAGCGUGUGGAGGAACAGAGUCCUUGCCAGUCACAAUUCCAGGACCUACCAUAAGCAGUAAUCCUUUCACACAACAUUACGCUUGCGGAGAUAAGACCAAAAUCUGUCCGCAGAUAUGCCGUUCCUGUGAAGGGUCUGCCUCCCGUGGAGCCUGUUUCACAAUGCAUUUACAUAACUGCAUCAUGCAGUUUGUGCGUGCAAUGGAUGCCAUGAACAACACCAACCUGUGCAUAUGGAAUAAUAUACAAAGGCCCUACAACACCUUCACCCUGUGUUCGGAGGACGCGGCAGACUGCCUCCUCAUCCCCUGGCCCAACCCGGUGGUGGAGGAAACCUUCCGGUUGAUCCACUCCUCCUACUUCCUGGACUGCCCGGAGGAGCUGCGGGACCCUCCGGCGAGCGUGGGCUUCGCUCUGGCCAUGACGCCCAUCUGCAUCAUCCCCGUCAUGGUGGUGCUGGUGGUGCUGAAGACUAAGAACGGGGACGGCAGCUCCUGGUAGACCGGGGGUAGACCGGGGUAGACCUCUCCGUCCUAGACCGCACACGGAAAAACGCGUACGGACCUGGGUCGAGGACGUAGCCGUUUUGGAUUCAAUCUUUUCCGUGGCUCCGAUUUUGAUUUUGCCUUGUGGAGUCGAGCCAAACAAGUGGAACGGAAUUUUACUGGUUCCAAUACACCAGAUAAGCUGAGUGAAGCAUUGAAUUGUAUUUGAAUCCAAAAUAUUACGUAUUUGACCCAGGUCUGAUGUGUGUACUAAGAUGCGUGUGUAUGCACUCACCCUGCCGCAUGCACACAGGAGACACACACACACACAAUAUUAUAAUAUUCACAUACACAGAAACACACUGUCUGACCCACACACACUUAGUUGCCUAUUUAAACAUGCGCAUACAAUAUGGAUACAUUUGGGACACACUCAAUGCAUGUAGGCACACACACAGAUCCAAAAUUAGUUUGAGGACAUUGUUUUGCCUCAGAUCUCUUUGAAGGUUUAUGUAUGUUUGAGCAAUUUGACUUUUUGACCAAAGGACUUUUUUAAAUGCCACUUAAUACCAUUUAUAACAAAACCAAUAUAAAUGCCAAAAUAAUAGCAAAAAAAGACAUGAAAUGAAUGCAUUUAAAGUACUGUCCUGACUGAAUAUAUAUAUAAAGGUAAAUAUAAAAGAUUGUCAUUUUGUCUGAAAAAUAUGUUAUAGCUCAGCCUAUUGUCUUAGAAUGGCUGCAACUGAAACCUCUAUUGGCCAUUGCGGUGUAAAUACAGCUUCUGGGAGCAAAACUGCAGGAGAGACAGGUAGAAGGCACGUCAUUAAGCUGUCACCAGCCCAUUUGCCAUUUUUAGUUGAAAUAUGGCCAAUGAGAUGGAUUCAGAGCUUUUGAUGUGUACCUGCUGUUUGCCGUACAUCUUCACUCCAAGUGUUCCUGAAGUUCCUGAGGUUAGCCACACGAUGGUGCCACUGCCUUUAGUCCAGUAGCGUUCAUCGCUCCUUACCUUUACUUUUCCUCAUAAGCAUCGAUGCUUUUGUGAAUAACACCUCACAUUACAUGUGUGUGUGAACCGCUUUUAAAUGCAAAGUCAAAAAACUUUGCUCGCUCUUAAAAAUAUAUUCUGAGGUCUCUCCCACUGGAAGCAAGUGAAUACUGAAUCGAAAAGGAAACCCCUGAGAACAUUUAUUUGGCAUUUGACACCAAGCUCUAAAUUAAACGUGUUGUAGUUAGGUGUGUAUAUUGGUUACACCCAGGCUCCCAUUGCCGGGGCAAAGCACCAGGAUGUUUCUUUGGGUUUUUUUGGACCCAUCUGAGGAAGAGGAAGGUGAAGGUGACAGGCUAAAGACAAAGGCAGGAACAUCAUGCGGCUCAAAUGACUUUCCUGCCUUUGUCCGCCCAACAAUUUCCUACACUCCCUAGCAAAGAGAGAUGCCUCUGACCGCCCCUGUGAGUGUACAGCAGAUCAAAAUCCAACGUCGGAUCCAACGUAAACGCAACACCCAAAACUCAACCCAAGACACACGGACCACUCCUUCACACAUUCUUAAAUCUUCUUGAAAAAUCCCGUUCUUGAAAAUCCUUAAAAGAAGAUUUCACCCAAAACAUGAAAAAUACCCUUCUGCAAUAUCUGCAAGUGAUAACAAUGGCCAUUGUGUGGUACAGUAUGUGUAAUGGCCUGCUUGUUGAUAACGCAAGUAAGGUUUAGAUGAAUUGCUUCUCAUAAUGUAGAACUAGUGGGAUAUAAAUAGCUAUUGUACAUUCAUGCUCUCCACUAUUUGUGCUUGUAUUUGCGAUUUCUAAACAAAGAUACGUGUGAGUACGUGUACUCGGUCAGUCCAAUCAUUUGUGGGUCCAUAUUCCUCUUUAAAAUUUAUAUAUCUUUAUUUGUCACAGGCUCCCAAAAUUAAUUGCAAAGUCACCAAUGAGAUACUCCUGAAAUAAGUUAUGGGAAUUUCCAUCAUGUUUCACAACCCCAGAUUGGAAAACUGUUUGCUGUGCAUGACAGAAAUUUUAAAUUAUGUUUUAUAAUUAAAUCUGUAAUUUUGUUUUUAUUUGACAGCUCCAUUCCUCUGAACAAUUUGGUGUGAAUCAUGUGUUUUAUGAACAUCUGAAUGGCUUUUUAUUGUGCAAUCACAAAAAGUCCUGAGAUCAUACUUUAUGAAAUGGUUUUGUGCCACUUGUAUCUUUGCUGCAUCCUUGGUCCCUUUAAAAUGUCAUUUUUAAACUCAAUGGGAUUCGCCCUGAGAUCUGUACUAGGCUGAUACCUCAUGCUCCAAGCUAACUGCUAUGCUAGCUACUGUACGAGCUGAGUUGUUGGCAAUGUGAGCUAAAAUGUCAGCUGCCUCAAGUGCAGUAUCUCAUCAGUGUUUGGGUAUGGUGACUCUUGGAAGUUGGAUAAUGUUUCAUAGCUAUCAAUUGUUAAAGAUUUGCUUGCUUCUACAUCACUUCCAGCAGCGAUUGGAUAGCAGGGGAGUAUUAUUACAUGGUCUAUGGCUAUUUAGACAUAAGGGGGUUUGAGUGCUUACAAAAAUAAAUGGAACAAAAUCUUUACAUUUCUUAACCAUCUGUGAUCUGUACAAUUUAUUGAGCAAGUAGUACAUGGGAUGUUGAGCCUUGUGCAUUGUAUGGAUGAAAAAGAUACAAUAA